AUGUCCCGCUCUCCAGGUCAGCAGGGAGGGCGGACACGCACAACAGGAACAGGAAAGCUGCCGAAGCAGUUUAAGCGUGUUACUGUCUCCUUUCAACACAAGCUCAGCCGGUUGCUCCAUAUCGAGCCGGACUGGGAGCUGCUUUCCAGACUCCUCGAUGAAGUCCCCGUGAUACGUCACGUCGUGGAUCCGAACAGAGAUAUCGAUACGCUAGCUGCCGUGGAGUAG